AUGAAGCUUGAGAUUUGUUCCUUUUCUGGUCAUAAGAUUUAUCCUGCCAAGGGUAAGACCUAUACUUUCCGUUUCAUCAAUGGUAAGGCCGCUUCUUACUUUCUUCAACGUUUGAACCCUCGUAAGAUUAGAUGGACUCAAAUUUAUCGUCGUUUGAACAAGAAGGGUAUUACUGAAGAAGUUCGUAAGAAGCGUUCUCGUCGUACUGUCAAGCACGAGCGUGCUAUUGCUGGUGCUUCUUGGGAAGCUAUUCGUGCCAAGCGCAACCAAAAGCCUGAUGCUCGUGCUGCUGCUCGUCAGGCUGCUAUUGCCAAAUCUAAGGAAGUUAAAAAGGCUGCUGCUGCUGCUAAAAAGGCUGCUAAUCCUAAUAUUAAUCAGACUAAGGUUAGCAAGCAACAAGCCAAGGGUUUUGCCCCUAAAGCUGCUCCCACUUCUCGAUAA